AUGGGGGGUAUGUUGGUGAAUAUCAUCUCUUCAACACUGAUUGAUUUAGCUGCCAACAUGGGGAAGACACCUGAGGAGGUUGCCUACAUCAUGUUCAUGCGUUCUGGUGGCUUUCUUAUUGGAGCCCUCUGCUGCAUCUCGAUCGCAAGUGUACCAUUCUCCGAUACUCCAUUUCUAUUUAGCUUUGCCUUCAUGCUGGCUGGCAUCUUCUCUGGCCUCAUUGACACAGCUUGCAAUGUUACAAUUCUGGACAUGUGGGGAGGAGAGUCAGGCCCAUAUAUGCAGGCCCUGCAUUUUUGCUUUGGACUUGGAGGUGUUAUAAUCCCUGAAAUUUCAAAAGAGUUCCUGUCAAAAGAAGGCGAGGAAGAACCUGGCAUUAUUGCCCGUGGCCUGUUUGGCACAUACACUGAGGGUCAACCCUAUUCACAAGUCUAUGUGUCAUAUCUCAUUGACUUCAAACUUGCUCAUAUUAAUAGAGAAGACACAAAGUCUGGAAUCCAAAUAUCACCCUGUAUCAAAAAUAGCAUGAUUGCUAUUCUGUCCACCAUAAUCUGCCUCUAUGUUGGGAUUGAGCUUUCUUAUGGACAGGUAGGAUUCUUCUUUGCUGUCUAUUCCCCAAUUUCUUUCACAAAGAAAGAGGCUGCCCAUCUCACUUCUGCAUACUGGGGCUUCUAUACUGGGGCAAGGUUUUUGGCUGUACCCUUGUCAACAUUUAUGAACCCAGGAAUUCUCAUCCUUGGAGACUUUGUUCUUGCGAUCAUUGGAGGGACAGUUGUGUUGGUUGCAGGGGAGUGGAAUCGCACAGCUCUUUGGGUAGGGACAGCUCUCAUGGGAUUAGGUACUGGUCCUAUGUUUCCAUCCAGCAUCCUUUGGUUUGAAAAGUAUAUCACAGUCACAUCUGCCCUGGCCUCCCUUUUCCUUGUCUUCUCUGCAAUUGGGGAAAUGGUCUUCCCUUCAUCUCUCACUGCUAUCAUUGAGACCCAUCCAUCUGCUUUCCCAAAGGGUAUGCUGAUGAAUAUCAUCUCAUCAACAUUGAUUGACUUGGCUGCCAACAUGGGGAAGACGCCUGAUGAUGUCGCCUACACCAUUAUAUCUGCUGCAAGUGUACCAUUCUCCGAUCAACCUUUUCUCAUGUGCUUUGCAUUCAUGCUGUGUAGCCUCUUCUCUGGCAUUGUUGACACAGUAUGCAAUGUCACACUUCUGGACAUGUGGGGAGGAGAUUCAGGUCACUACAUGCAAGCCCUCCAUUUCUGCUUUGGACUCGGAGGUGUUAUAAUCCCUGAAAUCUCAAAAGAGUUCCUGUCAAAGGAAGGUGAAGAGGAACCAGGCAUUAUUGCCCGUGGUCUGUUUGGCACCUACACUGCCAAUCAACCAUAUUCAAGAGUCUAUGUCCCAUACCUCAUUGUGUGUGGUGUGAUGAUUCUUGUUGCUCUAUCUUUCCUCUAUUUUCACAUGCAGGACUUCAAACUUGCUCAUAUUAACCGAGGAGAUGCCAAGUCUGGAAUGCAGAUAUCACCCCUCACCCAAAAAAGCAUGAUCACUCUUAUGUGCAUCAUAAUCUUUCUCUAUGUUGGGAUUGAGCUUACUUAUGGGCAAGUGAUAUUCUUCUUUGCUGUCUAUGCCCCAGUUUCUUUCACAAAGAAAGAGGCUGCCCAUCUCACUUCUGCAUACUGGGGCUUCUAUACUGGGGCAAGGUUUUUGGCUGUACCACUUUCAGCCUUUAUGAACCCAAGCAUUCUCAUCUUUGGGGACUUUGUUCUUGCAAUCAUUGGAGGGACAGUUGUUUUGGUUGCAGGGGAGUGGAAUCGCACAGCUCUUUGGGUAGGGACAGCUCUCAUGGGAUUAGGUACUGGUCCUAUGUUUCCAUCCAGCAUCCUUUGGUUUGAAAAGUAUAUCACAGUCACAUCUGCCCUGGCCUCCCUUUUCCUUGUCUUCUCUGCAAUUGGGGAAAUGAUCCUCCUUUCUUCCCUCACUGCUGUGAUCGAGACCCAUCCAUCUGUUUUCCCAAAGGUCAUGAGCAUGAAAGGAGACAAUGAAAGCAAGGAAGGAUCUGAGAUAGAAGAUGUAGCCAAUCCAGAUUCAUGGAGCAUCAUUUUAGGGCAGAGUAUCUGGUACUUUGUUUAUGCUGUUGAUUCCAUUUCGACUAACAACAUCACCAUCUUGGACAUCAGGGGGCUUGAAUCAGGACCUUACAUGCAAGCCUUGCACUUAUGCUUUGGGAUUGGAGGUGUUCUCAUCCCUCAAAUAGCAAAGCCUUCCCUAUCUCAUGAAGAUGAGGAAGUUGGAGCAUGUGGUGAUCCUGGAAUGCAAAACAACACACAGCUAUAUAGGAAAUCAAAAACUGUUUGUUCCAUACCUCAUUGUUUGCUACCACAUGAUCAUCGUUUCCCCAUGCCUUUCCUUGUCUUUCACAUCCAAGGAGUGAAACUGGGUCACCCAGACUGGGAGAACAAGAAAAAAGCUGCCGGAGGGAGUGGGAUCAAGGAAGGACGGGAAGCACCCAUCGACUUCCAUUGGAAUCUUACGGGUCAUUUUGCUGCUGGCUGGAUUGGCCUGGAAGAGGUAGGUGGUCGGAGUGGUGUGAGCAAGAAUGUUCGAGUUCCCUGCUGGAGGCAUUGCAGUCACGAACUGAGAAGCCAUUUGAGGCAUAGGGCAGCCGAGUUGGCUAAGGGCAUGUUCUGCUGCCACGUCUUUGGCCUCCUCUGGAUUCUUCACCAAUUUGUUGGGCUGCAAGUUGUUAUAAGGAUGAUCUAUCCCCGGGAUAGUAAUCUGGAAAGCAUCACAGAACACACGUUGAUCAUUAUUGAAUUCGAUGGGGGAAAAAUCUAUGCAUACGAAUAA